AUUUAAACCCAGUAGGCGCCAUAUUGGAUAGCCACAUAACCAAAGGAGAAGGACUACAGAACUGUGAGCUGCUGUUUUCGUGGAAAGAAUAUCGACGUUAUCGCUGAAGUGGAAGUAUUUUGACCACAGUUUGCAGAACCUGCUCUACUCUGCAGCUGCCAUCAUCUGAAGUCUUCCGUCAGGAGUCCAGUGCAAUUUUGGAGGUUCUGUGUGUUCCAGUCAGCCAGCCAAGAUGAUUAAGAAUCCGAUGGCACUACUGGAGAAGGAGAACAAGGACGCUCCAAAUGUUCGGAUCCUGGUGAAAUCGAAGUCCGAGGCGUCGCAGGGAGCACAGCGUGUGCUGAAGGCCCAGCCGUCCAACAGCAGCACAGGACAGAAACCUGCAGCAACGCAGCAGCCUGCAGGCUUGGCGGGCACCGCCGGGGACAGGAAAAUGAAAAGCUGGAAGUUGGAAGACUUUGACAUCGGCCGGCCGCUAGGGAAGGGGAAAUUUGGGAAUGUUUAUUUGGCAAGAGAGAAAAACUCCAAGUUUAUCGUAGCGUUGAAGGUGCUGUUUAAGUCUCAGCUGAUGAAGGCUGGUGUGGAGCAUCAGCUGCGGCGCGAGAUCGAGAUCCAGUCCCACCUCAGACAUCCCCACAUCCUGCGUCUGUACGGUUAUUUCUACGACGACACGCGGGUUUACCUGAUCCUGGAGUACGCGCCGCGGGGGGAACUCUACAAGGAGCUGCAGAAGCAAGUCCGCUUCGACGAGAGAAGAUCUGCAACGUACAUUGCCCAGCUGGCAGAUGCGCUGAAGUACUGCCACUCGAAGAAGGUGAUCCACAGAGACAUCAAGCCGGAGAACCUGCUGCUGGGGCUGAAGGGAGACCUGAAGAUCGCAGACUUCGGCUGGUCUGUCCACGCACCUUCCUCCAGACGUGCGACGCUGUGUGGAACCCUUGACUACCUCCCGCCUGAGAUGAUAGAAGGGAAGAUGCACGAUGAGAAAGUGGACCUGUGGAGUCUCGGCGUUCUGUGCUACGAGUUUCUGGUGGGCAAACCGCCAUUCGAGGCAGAAGGACACAGCGAAACCUACAGAAGGAUUUCAAAGGUUGACCUGAGAUUCCCUCCGCACGUGACCUCCGGAGCCCGGGACUUGAUAUCAAAGCUCCUGCGACACAACCCGAUGCUACGACUGCCGCUGGACAGCGUUCUAACCCACCCUUGGAUAAAGGACCACGCCGCCACCCAGGCCGAAUCCACGCCAGCACACCCGACACACGCCCCCAAAACCAAGUCAUGAUCCACCCAAGUACACCCGACACACGCCCAACACACCACCCAAACACACCCGACACACGCCUCACACACCACCCAAACACACCCGACACACGCCCCCAAAACCAAGUCAUGAUCCACCCAAGUACACCCGAUACACGCCCAACACACCACCCAAACACACCCCACACACGCUUCACGCACCAAGUCAUAAUAGUAUAGCUGCUCAUACAAAUACUCUCAGCGGUAGUUUCUACCUUAACCACAUUGGUUUAGGCAGGAACUUAGGUUGGUGCAGAGGCAGGAAUUCCUGAUAUGGAAACUGUAAAAAAAGAAAUCAUGGGUUCACCGGGGGACUUUCCUCACCACAUUGUAAAUUGAUGGAGAAUCCAAAGUUUAACAUUUGUGACUAGAGUACACUUGUGGAUAUUGUAGGGGAGCAUUCGGUUUACUGCUGCACUAGUGGAUAAUUAGCACUCUUAGUCUCAUGUACAAAUUAGGGAGUAGAAAGGGUAACAUAUCUGUAGGAAAAUCUAGCGAGGGAUUACCAUUUGUAACCAAACUUUGUACAGUUCAACAGAGACGUUUGAUCAGGAUUUGAUACUGCUGUACUAGAUUUAUAUUCAUCAGAUCAUUUUUGUCCCUCAGACAAUUGUAUUAUCGGUAUAAGCUAUGGGAGUCUUUGCACAAUAUUUCUUCUACAAAUAGCAAUAACAUGAUCUAGGAUAGUUCCAAUCACUAAGAACCAUCUAAAUGAGACUCUUGCUCUACUGUCAGCUUUCUUCUCACUAAGGACCUCAGGUCCUUUGGUUGAGUCUUCAGUCUGUGGCCUCCCUUCUUCAAGUAGUCCCAGAAAUAAUCUUACCUAGAGUUUGUAUGUGAUGGAAGAAAAUAUUAGCUUUUACAAUUUCAUUAAUUUCUGUGUUUUAUCAUUUUGCUUACAUUCCUAUCAUAGGUUUUUUACCAUUAUGUAUGUAUCAAUGAGAAUAAAGAUAUUGUCCUUUUA